CGCAUAAAAGCUUCACGCUUUCGUUGAAAAAUAUUUCAAAAAUUUGUAAUUUUUUGUUUGACACUUGUCAGAAGUAAAAAAAAUUAAAAUUCGAAAACAAAUUGCAAUUAAGCAAUAUAUUAAUUUCUAUCGAAAAUAACGCACGAGUACACGGGUAACGUCAUUCGAUGACUUCGCUUAUAAAACGCGUCAUUCCCACAUUGGAUCGCAUUUUGGUGCGACGUGCUGAGGCAGCCAACGUCACCAAAGGUGGCAUUGUGCUUACCGAGAAGGGUGUGGAACGCAUGGUGGAGGGUACUGUUGUGGCUGUCGGUCCCGGUUCGCGUAACCCGCAAAGCGGCAAUUACAUACCGAUGGGCGUGCAGGAGGGCGAUCGUGUGCUGUUGCCGAAAUACGGUGGCACACGCGUCGACAUGGAGGACCAGAAAGAGUAUGUGCUCUAUCGUGAGGCGGAUAUUUUGGCUAAAUUGGAGUAGUCUAUAUUUAGCAGGGGCGGCAACGUUGAGCAAACGGGAGGAUAUUUGUAAAGCAAAUUGAUGAGCGGGUUUUAAUUAAUAUACUUUAAUUUAUGGAAUAAAAUAAAUUUCUUUGUUCAUUUGAAGUGGAA